AAUAAAUUCAGCAAAUAACUUGCUGAGUACCUAUUACACACUAAGUACUGUUCUUGGCACAGGUUGUGCGGUGGCAAAUGAAAUAGACAAGCUAAUUUCAAAUGCUGGGUUCUGAUAGAAACAACUGACAUAAUGGGGUGAUGUGUCGGUGGAGCUGGGGAGCAGUAACAGGUGACCAAGGGGAGCCCCUCUGAGUAGGUGAUAUUUGAGUAGAGCUGUUUGAUGCUCUCAUGGUACUUGGUGCUGGGUGUUGGGUAUGUGGAGAUGGCUUAGGCCCAGUCUUUGCCCCUGAUGAAUUCUUCCCCACCCCAAGCCUGUGUGUGUCCAUCUGCUUCCCCUAAAACUAAAGUUCGGACUUGCUUGCUGACCAGGGGUGAGAAUACCUGAGGAAAGAGAUGGGUCUUCAGGCAUGUAGAUCUCUGUUUGAAGCACAGUUUUAGAAAUGAGACUUGAGUUCAAAUCCUCUGCCACUUUCUCAUUCUGACCCUGGGCAACUGACUGAGCUCCAAGAUCAGUAGUGAUGGGUGUGGGCCUGGAGCCAGAUCUAGCCCCUCCACUUCCCAACUCUGUAACCUUGGACAAGUUCUUUAAGGCUCUGUGCUUCCAUUUCUACGUAAAAUGGGGUUAUGACCACUCCUCUUAAAGGUGGUGCAGAGUAUACAUUUGAGUUAAUAAAAAUAUGCAUGGUGAAUGCUCUAUAAAUAACUACUAGUUUUUAUUAUUUCUAUUUCAGAUGAGAAAGAUGAGGCUCUGGGAGGAGGAAUAGCUUAGCCCAGGUCACCCAGUCAGGAAGUGGCUUAUGAGGAUAAAUAGUGAUCAUGGUAGGGCAUCGCCUAGCUUAAGGUCCAACAUAUAAUAUUCACUCCAUACUUGGGAGCUGGGGCUAUUCCUGGCAAUCAAAGGGCUGCCUUGUUCUGCUGCCCCUCAGCACAGGAAAUUCCAAGGUGGUUUUUCCAUACUGGCUUCUCUGGUUCCGUCCCUGCGGGGGAGAGCAGAGGGGCCCAGGUCCCCAAGCCAACUCAUAAAAGAUGGAAUUGAAUAUCAACUUGCCUGUCUUAACCCCGUCUCUGUUGAGGGGGUGGCUGUUACUUGGAGUGGCCUGGGCUGCCUUGAGCCUAUCUGGGUAUUUCCUUGUGCUGGCAGCCCUCACCCUGUCCUUGAAAUGGUUCUGGCUGGGUAGCAGACUAUAGGUGGUAUGGGUGAAAUUUGGGACUGGUUUAAGGCGGGGACAAGACCCAGAACACAAGGCUUCCUUGUGCUGCUGGAGAGGGAGGGCAGGAGGGAACUGGAGACCCCGUUCCUCCCUUAGGCACUCUCUUGCUUACAGUCCACGAUGGCUUGGUCCUCGGUGUUCCUUGGUGUUGUCUUGCUGUCUGCCUUCCCAGGUCCUAGUGUCGGGGGCCACCCGAUGCCCAGGCUGGCUGACUGGAAGCUGUGUGCUGACGAGGAAUGCAGCCACCCCAUCUCCAUGGCCGUGGCCCUUCAGGACUACGUGGCCCCCGACUGCCGUUUCCUGACCAUACGCCAGGGCCAAGUGGUGUAUGUCUUCUCCAAGCUGAAGGGCCGAGGGCGGCUCUUCUGGGGAGGCAGCGUUCAGGGAGAUUACUAUGGAGACGUAGCUGCUCGCCUGGGCUAUUUCCCCAGUAGCAUUGUACGCGAAGACCAGACCCUGAAGCCUGGCAAAACUGAUGUGAAGACAGAUAAAUGGGAUUUCUACUGCCAGUGAGCUCAGUCUACCGCUGUCUCUGCUGUUGUUUCUCGCUGACUUUAUGCAAAUACAUCAGCCAAGUGCAAACUAUGGGUGUCGGUGGUCUUUGUGGUGGGUCUCUAGAAAGGAAGUGUUUCCCCAGGCUUCUGAAUCUAGCCAAUCAACCCACUGACUGUGGUAACGUCAGUGGUUGCUAGGCAGAAUUUCACGG